ACCAGAAGAUCUUUUUCAUCUCAAAGAUUUCCCCAUUUCUGAAACAUUGCCAAAGCAACACUUAAACACGCUCUACAAUACAUGCUGCCAACUCAUGACACUGACAGCUGUUACCCUGAAGUGCUCAUUGUAUUCUGGCUUCCUUUUAUCAGCGCAGGUUUCUGCCAGUGAAUCAGUCUGCUAGUGGAGACAGACUAGGAACUGAGGCAGAGGACACAAGCAAGGCAGUCAAUACAGAGCCCCAAGAUGUGGUGCCUCCUCAUGCUGCUCUGCUCUCAAGCAAUUGCCUUUUCAGCAGGAUUCACAACACCUUCCACUCUGAACUCAGAUGAAAGCCAGCUCAGGAAGGCUCGUAACCCUGAAUCCCUUAUGGAUGUUAGUGAAAUUAUCAGAUAUCAUGGAUACCCCAGUGAGGAAUAUGAAGUUACUACGGAGGAUGGGUACAUUCUUCGUGUUUUCAGAAUUCCUGCUGGGAGGAACAGCCAAAAUACAGGGCAAAAGCCUGUAGUCUUCCUACAACAUGCUCUUCUAGGAGAUGCUACACACUGGAUUUCUAACCUGCCCAACAACAGCUUGGGCUUUCUCCUCGCAGAUGCUGGCUAUGAUGUCUGGAUGGGAAACAGCCGAGGGAAUACUUGGUCUUUAAAACACAAGACCCUUAAUCCCAGCCAGAAAGCCUUCUGGCGGUUCAGCUUUGAUGAAAUGGGUAAAUAUGAUAUUCCAGCAGAGCUGUACUUCAUCAUGAAUAAAACUGGACAGAAGGAUGUAUAUUAUGUUGGUCACUCUGAAGGCACAACAACAGGCUUCAUAGCAUUUUCUACAUACCCUGAGCUGGCUAAAAGGGUGAAAAUAUUCUGCGCUCUGGGCCCAGUAACCUCAUGUUCAUACGCUACAAGCCCUCUGAUUAAGAUGACAAGUCUUCCUGAACCACUGAUGCGGUUACUAUUCGGUUGCAAAGGAUUAAUGCACCAGAUUGGUUUUCUGAGACGACCUGUGACACAGUUAUGUGCAAGCCUGGAUAAGUUUUGUGGCCACAUACUCUGUUAUGUAGCUGGAGGUAGCAUAAAAAAUCUGAACACAAGUCGAAUAGAUACGUACGUAGGACAUUCUCCUGCUGGAACCUCAGUACAGAAUAUUAUCCAUUGGCAUCAGAUAAGAUUUGCAGGCCAAUUGCAAGCUUAUGACUAUGGCUCUAAGGAAAACAUGAAGAAAUACAACCAGCCUACUCCUCCUGUGUACAAGAUAGAGGAAAUAAGCACACCAAUUGCUGUCUGGAGUGCUGGACAGGAUAAAUUUGCAGAUCCAAAAGACACAGCAAAGCUGCUCCCUCGGAUUAAAAAUCUCCUUUAUCAUGAGCAUUUUCCUUCUUGGGGUCAUCUUGAUUUCAUCUGGGGCCUUGAAGCAACUGAGAAAAUGUAUCGGAAAAUCAUUGAACUAAUGACAAAAUAUUGAAACCACACACACAUGAUUCACUCAGCAGAAAUCUCCAGAAUUUCUGUUUUGCAAUAAGGGUGAUACCUGGGAAAGAGGUAAACACAGAGACACACAUAGUGGAUAGCAGUAUUUACCUGCAUUUGUUUCUUGCAUUCCUCAUAGUUUGAAUGUUUUUAUGGUGUUACUGUGACUGCAGUCUUCCUGAGAAGUUUGAGGUAUAUAGGAAUGAAAACGGAAAACAUGAAUACACUUGAGCACACGCUGCAGAGAUCACUGAAGUUGCACAAUUUUUAUUUCCACAAGACUGCAAGACUGAUUUUCCUAAGGCUAAACUCUGUUGGUCUCAUGUGUAUCUUACAUGCCCCACAGAGCCAUUCCCAUGCCCAAUUUGUAUUUUCCGAUGAAGACCAAAAUGUAGGAUUUGUUCAUCUGUUUGUUGAAGUACAACUGACCUUUGUUUAAAUUAAAUCAUUUAUCUACUUGGCAGAAAA